GACGAGCUGCUCUUCUGGCGCAUGAACUUAUGUGAAACGAAACUUAAGCGGAGCCGCCGAGACACGACAGUAAAAAAACACCUUAUUUUGGUGGUAAUAAUAAUGACACCGAGGCAUGUUUUCACUUUUUUGCUUUAAAUAAUAUUUUCAUGAAUCAGUUGAUGUUGCUGAAUGAUAGGAGCAGCAUGGACCAGAGGAGCAGCAGCCUGGACCAGAGGAGCAGCAGCCUGGACCAGAGGAGCAGCAGCCUGGACCAGAGGAGCAGCAUGGAUCCUGCCAGGCUCAAGCGCAAAGGAGAAAUCAUCAAGGCCCUGCAGUUCAUACAGUCCUCUUUGGCUUAUCCCGACCCUGAAGGCUAUCAGGAUUUCUUAACUGGCUUAGUCUGCAACCUCCUGGAGGAAGGGAAUACGCUGUUCAAAGACGGAGCAUGGGAGGAGGCUCUGAAGGAAUUUAGUGAAGGUCUCAGUGUUUCUCAGUAUGCCGCCUCCGAAGACAUCCACAUCCCAGAAGUACUUUUGGAGAGCUUGUAUGUGAACCGUGCUGCUGCAUAUUAUAGUAUGGGUGAAUAUGGUCAAGGCGUAGAGGACUGUGAUAAAGCUCUCGAGGUGUGUAAAGAAAGCCGCCGCGCUCUGUUCAGAAAGGCCCUGUGUCUGAAAGAGCUGGGGAAGUACAAAGAGGCCUACAGCUGCACCACAGACUGUCUGCUCAUCAAUCGCAUGGACAGUCAAGUGAAUGAGCUCGCGCAGGAGUUGGCCGUUCAUCUGGGACUGAAGAUACGCAAACCCUAUGUCAGCACAAAGAUAAUCAAGGAUUAUACAGGAAAUGGCUCUUGUCCUCUGGCCAAAAUUACUCAAGAAAACUUCUCCAGCCGAGAUCAGACUCUGUCGACGGCUCAGGGCCCGGCUCAGGGCCCGGCUCAGGGCCCGGCUCAGGGCCCGGCUCAGGGCCCGGCUCAGGGCCCGGCUCAGGGCCCGGCUCAGGGCCCGGCUCAGGGCCCGGUCUCAUCUGUGCCAGAACUGCCUGAUGACUCUGACUUGGUGGGAGAUGACUUGGAUAGUUUAUUAGACACUCUCCAUAAUGAGCCGGCGCAAACUGAGAGCCAUUUCCAAGCCUUCUCUGCCCCCGGUGUGGAGACCCUGUCCAACCACACUGUCCCUCCUGUCCCUCCUGUCCUCCCUGCCCCCACACCACACCUGCCCCCGGCCUUCUUCAGCUCGGCGGGCAGCCAGCUCAACUGCCUGGACUCCUUUGCUGCCGGUGGCAUUAUGGUUUCCACACUGGACGCUCUUGAUGACGUUUCAACUUCAGACAGUUUAUGUGCCUUAGACCAACAAUCUUUAAUUUUAUUUGGAACAAACACUAUGACACACAAUUCCCUGAAUGAUCUUGACUCAUUAGACGACCUGCUGCCUUCAGAGGCCACUGCUGCAAAAGAGGCUCCUGUAUCAAACAAUGAAAAACAAAAAUAUAUGGAGGAAGCCUCGGAUAUGCUUCAUAAGAUUUCUACAACUGGUUUCAUUGGUGAAAAGAAGUUAAAAGCCAUCGAUCGCCUCGAUUCUCUCGAUUCCCUUGAUUCUCUUGAUUCUCAUGAUGCUCUUGAUGCUCUCGACAUGUUUCCCUCUACAGAGAACAUAGCAGCAGUGGUGGGAGCUGGUUUGGAUGCGCUCUCAGAUUUACAAUUAAAUGGUGAAUUUUCUUUAAGCUCUGUACCUCUGAUAACUUCGAUUAAGGAAAGAAAUAAAUGUUCAUCAGCCAGAGGGUCACAGGCCUUGACCUUGACUCACAAGUUUAUGCUGGCAUGCUCAACGUGUUACCCUCGAACAGGAAAGGGGAUUUAUACAUUUGCUCACAAGCCUGACCUUGUGCACAGCUGUGAGAAAAACAUUUUACUCUGUCGAGAAAAGGACGGUGUUUUACCCUGGACCAGAGUUCGGCCCAUGCCUGCGUGGACGUCUUUUACCGGGCCGUUCGUGCUUUGCAGAGAACUACUGAAAUCUGGAGAUCUUGGAUUAUGUAAAUAUGGAGAGGACUGCACAUUUGCCUUUAACCAGAUGGAGAUUGAUGUUUGGACUGAGGAGAGAAAGGGGAGGUUCGACCGUAAACUCCUGUGUGAAAAACCAGCUGUGAAGCAGGAACCUGUCAAUGGCGUCAGACAGAUUCUUCAGGAAAACAAGGGCGUGUUUAUCUUUCUAUGUGGGGCCUGCUUUGACUGUAAACCUACAAUAAUAAGCAAGUGCAGCAAAGACGAUAACACCAUCUGCUCCAACACAAGCGCUCGACACCUGUUUGAUACCAAUAAGUGCUUGGCUUUUAUGAUGAGGAACAUCACAGUGAGGUACAGAAAGAUUCGCGUCCUGCAGCUGCACUGCCAGUUGGAUUUAUGUCGCCACUGCAUCAGAUACGGAUGUCUGCUGGGAGAUAAGUGCAUGUUUGCCCACUCUGAUGUCGAACUCAAAACAUGGAAGCUGCAGAGAGAGACUGGAAUCACACCAGAUGAGAUAGUGAAAGUAUCCACCAAUUACUAUGAAAAACUAAACAAAAAUACAAGCAACCAACAACAAGGCAACAAAUCUUUAGGUCCAGGAAACCCAAAAGGAGGAAGACCAAAGGAGCGUCUCAACAUGAGGAUGAGGUUUGUCUGUGGUCACUGCUGGCGUGAUGGAGUCUCAAGUGACCCAGACAAGUCUCUAAAGUACUGCUCAGCUAAAGCUAGACACAUGUGGACUAAAGACAAGAGAAUAUUACUGGUGAAAUCCUCGGAGAGAAGUAAAUGGGUUAUGGUCCGAACGCUGCCACAUUGCAAGCAUUUCCCGUUGCAUUAUGAUAUAUGCCAUCGAAUUUUGGACAGAGGAAGAUGUAACGUGGGGAACUGCACAUUUGCCCACAGUCAAGAAGAGAAGGAUAUGUGGACUUAUAUGAAGAAUAAUAAAUUAGUGGAUAUGCAGCAAGUAUAUGACAUGUGGCUACAGUUAAGCACUCUAAACCAUCAAAAUGAGGAGCCUGUUGUUACGCAGCCUGAAGAGAAAAGCAUUGUGAUGCCAACAGACUAUGCAGAGCCAAUGGACGGCUUUCACUGCAGACUUUGUGGUAGACAUAGUAACAGUGAAAGGCAGUGGCAGCAGCACAUCUCCAGUGAAAAGCACAAAGAUCGUGUGUUCAGCUGUGAUGAAGAAGAGAAGGCCCUGACAUGGAACUACAGAUUCCCAGCAAAAUGCUUUCACCUCUGCCCCAAGCUGGAGGAUGACUGUCCUGAUGGCGUGAGCUGUGACUACGCCCACAGUCUAGAGGAGCUGCAGGAGUGGAUCGAGAGAAGAGAUUUCCUCCGACGUAAACUAGACAGAGCCAGGGAGGACAUGCUCAUAAUGGCUGAUGAGUCUGAUUUUGGAAAGUAUAACUUUCUACUGCAGGAUUGAAAUUAUUGUCUUUCUCAGAUAUAAUCACCUGUCGGAAUAUUUACACUUUACAGUCGUGUUAGAGCCUCUGACACUCGUAAGAAGCUUUACAGCGGAUUUAGUAUUUGCCUAAAAUCAGUGGUGGAAGAAGUAGUCCGUUUUGUUACUGAAGUAAAAGUACAGAUACUGGAGCAAAAAAAUACUCAAGCAAAAAUAUCACAUAAAAAACUGACUUAAGUAAAAAUAUUAAAGUACCAGUUUGAAAAGUUAGAGCAUUUCGCACAGACUUUGAGUCUUAUAAAGCUUCAGUUGCAGUGACUUUCAUCAAGAUUUGUGCUGAAUUUUAUUCAACAGAAAGUAUUGAAUCAGUCGGGGGGGUUUUCAACCUGUUUUUAUUUGUAUAUUUUUGUUUACUCAAAUUAUGAACAUGUUAAAAAUAAACCCCCAGCCUUUUCAACACACAACACACAAUAAUAAAAAAUGCUUUUACUUUUCAGUCCUGUUCAAAAAUGUAGUGGAGUAAAAAGUAUACACUUUAAAAUAUACUUAAGUACAAAUCUUAGGUAUCUGCACUUUACUUAAGUGCAGUACUUUAAUACUUGUACUUUGUGUGUUGAUUUUAGGUGGAACGUAAAAAGAAGAUAGUCAUAUUUAUGUUGGCACAAGAUCAUAGUUGCAUGAAACAUUUUAUGAUGGCUUCAUAUACACAAUUACAUCAGUUUGUUACACACUUAUUGAAUUUAAAGGUAACAGUUCUACAGUUUGUGUAUUGACAUUGUUCGUAAGAAUCAGUGAUGCCUUUCCCCAUUUUGUAUUCAGUGUUUGUUUUUUAAGGUUUCAGCUGUUGACCCAACAAUGAUUUGGAGUUGAACGUUCCCAAACAAAUAAAAAAAGCGUCUAUUAAGUAAAGCUUGGAUCCAU